CCUCCCCCGACAAAAGUCGUUGGGAAAAAAAAAAAAAAACAAAAAAACAAAAAAUCCCCCGAGAGAAAGAGGCAGCCACCGAAAAGAGAUAUAAGUGCGCAUGGGAAAAAUAAUAUAAACCUGGAGGCUAUUCCGCAUAUACCGUUCGGUUCUUGAUUUAUUUUCCAGCUUAUUCGUCAAUCCCGUAUGGCAAUGAAGUUGCCUGAUCCUGAAAGCUCUUCAAGCACGCAGGAACUCUGUUGACUCUGGAAAUUCGCCUUCUCGAGGAUCGCCAACGUGGACGAGAGGUCUAUGAACGUGUAUGAUGCGGUCAGGCUUCCACAAACCUGGUGCCAUCUCCUUUCUUGCUCUUCUUGUUUUCUCAUUGCUCAGCUUGGUGUCCUUGGCAAAGGAGUGGGACUUCUAUAAUCUGCGCUUCGGGUAUAUUGGUUACCAUCAUAACGAUGUUCGGCAACCUUCCCGUGUUAGAGAUGGUCCAGUCGACGUCCAGUCGAGAAUACGGACGACUGGCAGUCAGUGUAAGUCGUGGGCGAUAAAUGGUUACUGCCUGUCAGACCUGGACCGUGUCCAUCGCCCGCGGCGCUUCGUGCCAGACACCCCACGCAGCUCGUUCGAGGCUGCUACUGUCUUUGACACCGAUUCGAUAGCAUGCUUUACCGAAGAACCAUCAACUUUCGCGCGAGGUAUACGCGCCUUCAAAUCGCUUUUCAUGAAACAGACGGGUGACAGCCAAAUAUCUAUCCCGCUUGCCACAGGGGUCGCCUCUUCUGUGGCCUCAGCACCUAGCUCUCUCACCUCGGAUGUAUCCAACUUAGCUGUUAUCAGCGCCUCUCCUACCACCGAAGCACCCCUUCCAAAGUCGUACGGCAGCAAUGCCACGGCAACGCCACAAGAACUUCAUUCGCAAAGUCACCGGUACCCUCGUUCUCAUCUACGUGAAUUAUGGCAGCAGGCCUGCCAUGCUACGAGGGUCUAUCUCGGGAACUGGACUGCUCCACAUACUUUCUCAGGAGAACGACUACCGCUCGGGUCUGAAGAGACCACAGAAGAGAAAUUGCAAUUGUCAGAACAGACUGAUCAACACAUUGAAGAAAAGGUUGCACCCAAGGUGCUCCCAUCAAACGGCAGCAAUGCCGCAUGUUCAACCUCAUCGCCCACAUCUCCGCUAUCGCCUGCUAAGCGAACCGAAAUCCCUGAUUUACCGGUGGGAGUUGAAGAGCGGCCUAAGGGCGUUGGGCAUGGACCGAAUUCACAGCCUGCACGCGGUAGUUGCAUGGCUAUUGUCAUAGGCCUAGUUGUCGGCGUCAUGUGGUUCUGAGUAAUCAUUGUGCGCCUGCAACAUUCUCAGCAGGCAUCAGACAACCUAUAUGCAUUUCUGCUAUUGAUGCGGUUUAAUGGCGCCGUAUAAUAACAGUAACUGAUGCCCAAAACUACUGCAAUGAUUUGGAACAUGAACAGGCUUUUAUUGACAUGGUUUUUUUUUUUUUUAUUUUGGU